CUGUUGUAAUAUCUGUCAAAUGGAACGCGCCUGAGGGACCACAGAGAAGGUGGUUAUCAGAAUCGCAGUAUGCAUAGCAGACGUCAUAUAACUUACAGGACCUAAAGCUAGAACUAUGCCCCCGCAGCCUACGCCGAAUCGACGGCAGGUAGUGGAUUUCACCCAAAAGCUGCAGGCCUUCUGCUUGUUGGAAGAGGAUGAAGAUCCGCCAGAGCUUGAUGACGAAGCCGCGCAGCUGGAAGCAGCUUGGUGCCGCAUGGAAUGGGAUGCAGUGGUCGCUGACAGCACGCCGCUGGUGGACAGGCGCUUCCUCAGGGCCCUCCUCGGCGCACAUGCAUGGGCUGUGCGCAAACUGGCCUUAUCACCAACGCAACACGGCUUUGGUUGCGUAUUCACCGUGGUGAUGGACUCGCUCAGGCAGCUGCUUCAACGAUGCCCCCCGGGCGUCCGCAAGCAGGUAGCUCUUGCGCUCCUGCGGACCGACAGCUUCAGCGCGUAUGCGCGGCUGCUGCACCGGCUGUACAGCGCGGAUGCCCUUGGAGUGGCAGGCAGCCGUCUCGCAGUGGGCAUGAGCAUGGAUCCCGGUGCCAGCGGUGGCGAUCGCGGCAGCGGGGGGAGUGGUGGCGCCGCCACCACCACCACCGCCGUUGCCCUGGCAUGCGGCGCGGCCACGGCUGCAGCCACGGCAGCUGUGUCCGUAGCUAGGGCCCACGAAUUCACUCACUACAUCAUCCAAAUGUUAGACGCAAUGAUCUGGACCAGCGAGGGUGACGCAGACGGCGUGCUGAGGGAGCCAGAGGUGGCCAACGCGGCGCAGGAGGCGCUGCAGCGCAGUCAGCUGCUCUGCCACCUGGUGUGGGCGCUGCUGCGCCUGGGAGCAGUGGUGGCAAAGGACCAGGCCGUGCAGGCUGCGCAAGCAGCCGAAGCGGCGGAUGCAGCAGGUGCAGCAGCUGCAGCGGCAGUGGUAGCGGCGGCGGCAGCCGCGCCCGCACAAGCUGCUGACGCGGCGGCAGGCGGCGAAUCCAGCACGCCAACGCGCAACAGAGCAGCCGCGGCUGCGGACGGGAAGGAAAGGGCGGAGGAAGAGAGGAAAGGGUGCGGCGGCAACAUUGGGCACACACAGAAGGUAUGCGGCUUCUUCAUGUGUGUGGCGAACCUGGCGGCGGUGGUCCAAGGCGCCUGCGCGGCGUUGCUUAGUGCAUUGCAGCAGGAGCGUGCCGCACAUGAACACAGCGGAUCGGGCCCGGGCGCCGCGGAGGACAGUGACAUGCAGCUAUUCCAGGGCCCCUGGCUGCAAUUCUUCACACUCUGGGGUAUGCGCUGCGUCGGGGAGAGCUUGCGGCGGGGCGGCGGCGGGGCUGACGCUGGGCCGUGCGGGCUGCCCGUGGUGCCCUACACACUUGCGAACGAGUUCUCACUGCCGCCGGCGAAGGGCUCGUUGUACCUGCUGGGUGAAGUCGCGUUUGAGCUGCGGCGCGCCAGCUCAGCCGUAUGCCUCCGCAGCUGGGCUCUCGACACAAGCAGCGGCUCCAGCAGCCGUCAGGCUGAGGGCCAGCAGCCGCAGCAGCCGCAGCAGCCGCAGCAACCGCAGCAGCCGCAGCAGCAGCAGCAGCCGCAGCAGCCGCAGCAGCCGCAGCAGCCGCAGCAGCCGCAGCAGCAGCAGCCGCAGCAGCAGCAGCAGCCACAGCUGCAGCCACAGCAGCCGCAGCAGCAGCAGCAGCAGCAGCAGCCACAGCUGCAGCCACAGCUGCAGCUGCAGCGGCAGCGUGGGGCGGGCCACGUGGAGGAUGGGGAGCAGGACGGCGCGCAGGAGCAGGGCGGCGCGCAGGAGCAGGGGCAGGGGGAGGAGCAGGCUCAGCCGCCGUGUUCGGACGGAGUGCCCUUGUCUGUUGAUGUCUGGUGCCAAAGGGCCGUGCACGUAUACGACAGCUUAUAUCAGGUCUUCGACGCCUUGUCGUGUCAGGACCCCGCCGGCGAGAGGACCGAUGCGCACACCAAGGACGCGCUUCAGUUGCUGGUGUGGCUUUGGUUUGGUGUGCCGUAUGACUGUGCGAUGGCACGGCUGCCGAAGCUGUGGCGGCUGCUCAUACGCAGUUGGGAGGUGCGGUCGCGUUGCGGGGGCGAGGGCCCGACUGAUGACGUCGGCUACCUAUUGGGGGCGGGAGUGUACUUGCCGCAGUCGCCCGCAGAGGCUGAUGAGCCGCAGCCGGCAGCAGCUUCGGCGGCAGCAGCAGAAUCGCCGCCAUCUGCAGAAGCCGCGGCUGCGCUUAGCUACAACUUGCGAUGCGCGCUGGCAAGUGGCCUUGUGCCGGUUUUGGAGCGGACGUUCCGGCUUCCCGCAGCGUGGGAGUCCCUCGCUGGUGCACCGGUGAGGGCCGAGGAGGCGUUGUCAAGCUUGCUGAUUGCCUCGGCCACAUGGCCUGCUCUGCUUGCAAACGCGCGCCCCGGGGAAGCGGCGGCGCUUGUCGCGACGCUGGGGGCCGCGGCUCAGCACCUGAAGCAGCGGCCGGCUGCGGCGCCGGCUGGGGCGCCGGCUGAGGCAUCGGCUGCGGCCGUGGCGGCGCUGGGCAGUGAGGCAGGAGGCGGCAUGGGCCUUGUAGAUUUGGCUUCCCAGCUGACCGUCCUCUUGCAACAGCUGCAUAACAUGAUGCGGCAGCGACAGGAGCAGCAGGAGCAGGGCCAGCGGCAGCAGGAGCAGCAGCAGCAGCAGGGCGCUGUUGGCGCGCCGGGUUCAGGAGUACGCGCGGACCCAGGUGCGCCUGGUGCCCCCAGCUGGAGCGGCGCAACGCAGCAGGCGGCAGCGGCCGGCGCGGCUGAGGCCGCGGCCGAGGCCGAGCAGCGGCGGAAGCUAACUGCCGUGCUUUCGGCGGUUGGCGGUUGCCCGCCCGCCGGCUCGCCGGCGGCAGCCCAGCAGCGGCUGAUGAUGAGCCUGUGUGUGGUGCGGUGGCUGCCCUCCAUUGCCGCGGCGGCGGUGCAGGUCAUGGAGGACGCCGGCGGUGCUGCUGGCUGCGCCGGCGGCCGAGCCCGGCUGCGCCGUGCCGAGGACAGGCAGCUAGUGGUUGCGGCGAUGCGCUACCAGACCUAUGUCGUCAUGCAUGCGCUGCUGGCAUGGCCACCUGGCGGCGACGGCCCCACGCCGUGGGUGGGCGCGGGCCCGCCGCCGCCGCCUGCUCCUCGGGGCGCUGCGGUACUGGAUGCCCAUGACGUCUACGCCUCGUGGCGGGGCCUAGUGAGCCAGGUUGUGGACGACGUGCGGUUUGCGAUGUCGUCUCUGCAGUGGCUGGACCCGGCGGCGGAGGCCGACGCGGCGCUCGACACGGCGUUUGCGGACCUGCUGACAGCCAGCGCGGCGCGUGACCCGUACGUCAUUGUCACGGGCGCGUACUUGGCCGCGUUUGAAAGAAUGGACGCAGCAGCAACAGCAGCGACCGCGGCUGCCGCCGCGGCGCCAUCCGGCGGCAGAGGUGGCGGCCGGGGCGGCGCUGCGGGCGGCGCUGCGGGGCCGGUGCAGCCGGCGUGGCCGACGCGGCACGACAUUGUUGCGGUGCUGGCGCCGGCGCGGUCCCUGGCUGUGCGGUUGGGGCGCAAGGAGCUGGUGGCCUUGCUGGACGCGGCAGUUGGGCCGGCGGUGGGGAUGCUGACCAGCCCCUUUCCUGAGAAGAUGUCUCUCAACGUGUUGACAGCGCAGCUGUCUACAGACGAGUGGUUUGCGCGGCGCGACAGGCUGUGGCGGGCGCUCCUAGCUGACGACCGCCUCACCGCCGACGCCAUGCCCCUGGGGCUGCUGUGCCCGCGCGUGCUGCACAGCCAGUUGCGGCUCCUGGUGGCGGAGGACCCUGGUGGCAAUGGAGGAGGCGCCGCCAUGGCGCCGGGCGGCACGCAGGGUGGCUGUAGCGGGGCAGCCGCUGCCGCUGCCAAGGCUGCUGCCGCCCCGGGCGGCGGCGGCAGCAGCAGUGGCAGUGACAGUAGCGCGGGCGCGGGCGCCGCCGCGCGGCUGGGAUGGGCGCUGUGCUACAACCCACGCUGCAGCAGCCUGGAGGGCCCGAGUGCCGCCAUUGCGCCCGGCACCGGCAAGACGUGCUCGCGCUGCCGGGUCGCGCGCUACUGCUGCGGCGCCUGCCAGCUUGCAGACUGGCGCGCCAUGCACGAGUUGGAGUGCCCCACAAUGCGAGAGGAGCAGGCCGGCGGCUGAAGCAGGAGCUUGCAAGCACGGGUGCACGUUAAUUCGACUGCUGUUAGUUGUUGUGCCCGGUUGGAUGUGGCUGGCGACGGCGCACAGCCUCAGUCGACAUAGAACCGGUACUGCCGCUGGCGAGCGGAGUGCGCAGAGGAGGUCUAGGGAUAUCGUAUUGGGGCCCCAGCAACGUUCGUUGCGAAGCGCGGCUACAGUAGAUUAGUGCGGUCAUGCCCUCAAGAUACGGUGGUGGUCAUGCGCUGGUAGGCUGCUGCUGCUGCGUAUGUUGGCCCCGGGUCAAAGGUACUUUGAGAGCUCUAGCAGACACUGCAGACUCAACGGCCGCCAAGCCCCUGAGGCCCUGACGGACGUGAUUUGCAGACGACGGUUGCUAGAACAGAUUAUAGAAUGCUGUGCGAGGGAGCCGGGCGGCCGGGGCGGCCGAACUUGGUGGCUGGGUGCCCUCCAGAUCAGGCAGCUUGUGAUUGAGAGGGCGUUGCACGGUGCUCAGUGCCACCACCCGUGCUCAGCGUCCACAGCGCGUACGUUGCGGGGCAGCCGGGGCCGUGUGUCGUGAAGAGUGUGCUUCCCGCCAGUUCC